CAGGCCAAAAACUUGAGUGUAGUGUUUAUCGUAUUGGCGCAGCGAGUAGACGGUUGGCAUUAUUUGCUCCGUGUCAACAAAUUUAUUAUUUAUUGGUGUCUCAACAAAUGGUCAUUCUUGGAGUUACAUUUAAUUGAAUUGUCAUUUAAUGUGAGGAAAAUACACACAAUUGGAAAACUGCGUAAUUCGGAAAGGAGGAAAAAAGAAGACUGUGCUUUCGAGUUGGUUUUGUGGAAAGAAAGGGGCGAUUGUGGUGUGUUUUGUAAUAGUGGAAAAUUUUCUGGAGCUGCACAACUCUCUCAACAAUAUAAUUGUCAAUAAUUAAUGGGGAAAGAGAUUACAAAUGUGUGAAUAAUGAUGUUAGGGCGAAAAAUGUACUCGUGGAAUCCGUGGAAUGUCGCUUGAUGAUUGUGUGUGCGUUUCGUCUUGUGGACUUCUUCGCAGUGUAACAAGUGUUUGUUAAUUAAAUUUAUAGCAAACACAAUAUCGCAGUGUUUUUCCAUCGACUAUCAUACAUCACAGAUCAUUCUUGGUGAUUUUCUGCUGGACAAAUAGUGAAGAAGGACUGAAGGAUUUUUGUGGGGCAGAAAUUCGAGGAGAAAAAGGAGAGAAGAAAAGAAGAAUUUCUGACUGGUGUAUUUCGAAAGUGGGGUGGAAGUGUAAUGCCGAGAGACGAAGAUAAAAAGUGUGCAAAAAAGUAAAGUAAAUUCGUCGAAGAGUUAAAAAUAAACUUGACCACGUCGCGAGCGUUUUCGUUCGAUGAAUAAUUUUUACUUGGGCUUUUGUUGCUAUUUACAUACAUUUUGAACAGCGACAGCGAGAGAAGAGAGCAAUAAAGCACACGAAGAGAUAUGAAAAUUUUAGUGGAGAAGAAGGAAUAGAGGAUGUAAAAUUGUGACAAUUUUGACUGUGCAAAGUAGCAAACGUGUGAAAAAUACGGAAAAACUGAUAAACUGUGCGAAGUAUGAUUGAGAACUAGUGGAAAACCAUUGGGGAAAUGCACGUAUUAAAAUUAGAAAUGGCUCGCGAUUCAGCGGUGGGCAGAGAUAGAGUGCUGGUGAUGCCCAAUGCGGGUGGUGCGAUUCCACUGGACGGCGUUGGCAGCCAGCCGCAGACUCCAGAUGAUAUUAAUCAGCAAAUUUUGGAGCUCAAGAAGGAACAAGAGAUGCAGAAGCAAAUGCUUUGGCACACGUUUCAUGAGAAGAACAAACAACUUGAGCUUCAGCAUAAGCUUCAAUUGGAGCACAAAUAUCAGUUUGCGGGGCUUUCCAAUGGCGUAUUCCAGGAACUGAGAGAACAGAGGAUUGCAGAAGAACAACAGCAACAGCGUGAGCGUCGCGAAAGGGAGGUGAUGAGACGCAAAGAGAAUAAUUGCAGUGCAAAUGCAAGUUCAGAGGUGAAACAGAAACUACAGACUUUCUUGAUGAACAAGAAGCAGAAUGCGGCGACAAAUGGCAUGACAUCAUCAUCACCGUACCGGAAUUGGGGUGUCGUGAAGAGCUCCUCGGGUGAAUCACUGCCUGCCGGUGCUGGUGUUGCCUCGGUUAGUUCUCAUCCGUACAAAAUUCCUCAGCCGCCAUCAUCAAUCGCCAAAUAUGAUUCCGAUUUUCCACUCCGCAAAACAGCGUCGGAGCCGAAUUUGCUGAAGAUUCGCUUGAAACAGAGUGUGAUUGAGAGAAAGGCGAGGAAUGGACCAUUGGCGGCUCGACGGCAAGAGCGACUUCUUCAGGCUGCCCAAAGACGACAGCAGAAGCAGCAAAAUUCAGCCUUAGCAACACCGACAAAUUGCACAACAACGCCGGAUUCUGGUCCAAAUUCACCGCCAACGCUCACAAAUCGAGGCUCACCGACUAGUGCUCCGAUUCAGGAGGAGAAUGAAGAUCCCAACUAUCAGGGCAAUCGUGGGAGUAUCAAUGAUCUUGCUCUAUUCAGCUCCCCUUCGAUGCCCAACAUUUCCCUCGGGAGACCACACUUGGCCAAUGCUCACAAUGCCAACAACUUGGCUCUGCUCUCGAAUUUCCGGACACACGCUCAGUUGGCUGCUGCGGCUGCCGUUGGGGCGCCAUAUUACACCCCAAUGCCACCACUAGAGCACCAUCCGGAACUGGCUUCGCACCUCCAUCCAUCCAGCAUUCAUCACAUUGCGGCUCAGCAUCUGGCCAUGCAUGGCCAGGUGCCGGGGCUGUAUGGACAGCCCAUCACGGAUACUCAGGUGGCUCAUGCACGACUCAAUAAGCAGGGCCAUCGGCCGCUGGGCAGGACCCAAUCGGCACCUCUUCCGCUAGGCCAUCCGAUGCUCACAGGAGCCGGAACGGUGAACAUCGGGCAGACGCACUAUGAGAACAGCGAUGCUGAGCGACAGGCCAUGGAGCAGCAGCAUCUCUUGCUGACGCAGAAGAUCAGGCAGACCGUGCUGACGCGCGUGGGUGGGAGUCGUGAGCCGCAGCUGAAGGAAGAGGAGUCCGGAGAGGUGAUCGACUUGACGGACAAGAAGCAACCACCGAAAACUGUACUUACCAGCAGUGUGAUCACAAGCACGUCGCAGCGUCAGGAGGACAGGGUGCGCGAUCAGGAGUACCUGAAGCAGCAGCGAGAGCUCCUCAUUCGCCAGUCAAUGCACAUUUCCGUGGAUGAUCCGUUUGCCAGAGGUUUCGUGAAGCCACUGUCGCGAACACUGUCCAGUCCGCUGGUGCAUCUGGGCCAGCAGCCGCCGUGCAGUAUCCCGGACACGGGUCAGCACUCGCUGGACAACAGUCCGCCUCCGGUGAAUCUCACAGUGCCGCAUCGGCGGAGUAUUGCUGGGGGAGCUCCUGGACCUAUUCAUGUCACCACAGGACUGGCCUUCGACAACCAAAUGCUGAAGCACGCCUGCAUCUGCGGGGACAACUCGUCUCAUCCGGAGCACAGUGGGCGGCUGCAGAGUGUGUGGGCGCGUCUGGUGGAGACGGGUUUGGCCAGUCGCUGUGAUCGUCUGAGGGCGAGGCGGGCGACUCAGGAGGAACUCCAGACGGUGCACACUGAGGCGCACACGAUGCUCUUCGGCACCAAUCAACUCAACCGCCACAAGCUCGAUGCCAGCCGCGUGAGCUUCGUUAGGUUGGCGUGCGGUGGAUUGGGUGUGGAUCUCGACACCACGUGGAAUGAGCAUCACACGUCAGCGGCGGCCAGGAUGGCGGCGGGAUGUGUGAUUGACUUGGCCCUUAAGGCGGCCAAAGGGGACAUUCGCAAUGGGUUUGCAGUGGUGCGUCCACCCGGACACCAUGCAGAGCCCGAUGCCGCGAUGGGAUUCUGCUUCUUCAACUCCAUCGCCGUGGCGGCGAGACUGGUGAGACAGCGAGUGCCGGAAAUGAGGCGUGUCCUCAUUGUGGACUGGGAUGUUCACCAUGGAAAUGGCACGCAGCAGGUGUUCUACGACGAUCCCAGCGUUCUCUACCUCUCCAUCCAUCGCCACGACGACGGAAACUUCUUCCCCGGCACCGGCGGUCCCACAGAGUGUGGAGUCGGUCCUGGGAUGGGAUUCAAUGUGAAUGUGGCAUGGAGUGGUGGAUUGUCGCCCCCAUUGGGAGAUGCAGAGUACUUGGCAGCCUUUAGAACUGUCGUGAUGCCCAUUGCGAGGGAGUUUUCGCCUGAUAUUGUGCUGGUUUCUGCGGGAUUUGACGCUGCAAGUGGACAUCCGCCGCCUUUGGGCGGAUACAUGGUUUCGCCGGCGUGCUUUGGGCAUCUCACGAGGGAACUCAUGCAGCUGGCUGAGGGCAGAGUGAUUCUCGCACUAGAGGGUGGAUACGAUUUGCCGGCUAUUUGUGACUCUGCUCAGGAAUGCGUUCGUGCUCUGCUAGGCGAUGAUCUCAGCCAGAUUGCCGACACGGAACUCGCCAGGCCGCCGUGCCAGAAUGCCAUUGAGACAAUCCAGAAGACAAUAGCCAUCCAGAUGAGUCAUUGGCCAGCUGUGAAGAGACUCGCCCACACUGUAGCCUUCUCAGCCAUGCAAGCGCUCUCCAGUGAACGGGAUGAAUCUGAGACAGUCACUGCAAUGGCUGGAUUGUCCAUGCAGUCGCUUCACAGAUCCUCCAGAGAUUUGUCCAGGGAAGAUUCAGAGGAGCCAAUGGAUCAGGAUGACAAGUAGAUACACACGCGGGCCGGGAAUUUAGCAACCAUUUGAGCGUGAAUACGUUGUAAGUAUUUGACGCGGAGGAAAAGUUUGUUGUUUCUGUUUCUGAUGCGAUGGCGGCGAACGGAAGGAGUAGAAGGAGAAAUUGUAUAGAAAUUGUUGGUCAGUGGCGUUAAUUUGUGGUAAAUAUUUAAUAUGAGUGGAGAAGAGAUUGAAUCAAUAGUUAGAGGAAGGAAUUAAAUUUCUGAAUGGAAAAGAUAUGUGUAAUCGUCCGUUGAAGGCGACAGGAUUAUUAUUGGUCAAAAAAUAAUAGAAAAUAUCGUGAUUUGCUCAAAGCUUUAUAUAUAUUCUUUUUUGAUGAAAUAGAGAGAGAAUCUUGUUUUGUUUUCUCCUCCCAAGUAAAUGCUGAAGAAAGUUGGGAUUGAUUGAAAAGAGAACGGCAAAAGUGCUUCGAUAGAAAGCCAUUUAAUUGAGUUAUUGGGUGGGUUUUUUUUGGCAGAAUGUCCUUUUCUAAGGCGAAAAAUCGAUUUUGGUCUAGUAAAAAUAGCUCAAUUGAGUGGCUUGAUUGUUUUGUUUUUUUUUGAUAGGAAAUCACGGUAAAGAACCAAAAAAUGUUCCCCUAAAAUUUAUCUGUUUGCUGUUUAACUGGUAAGGUGAUGAAAUUGAUGACAAAAAAUAAUAUCAAUAAAUGUUGAGUGACCUUAAUGUACGUCAACGAAGAAAUUUCUGAAAUUUAUGAUAUACAUAUUUAAUUAAUGUGAAAUGCAAAUAAAAAAAACGUUAUUGGAUUAAGCGACCUAAAGGUGAAAAAAAAGAAAAAUUUCUUUGUCAAAAAACACAUUAUAAAUCGAUGCUGGUUCGUCGACACACUUUUUCUCUUUAUUUACAACAUAUAAACUUUUAACAUGAAGUGAAGCACUUUUUAAUGGAGAGAAAAAGAAGUUCUAUUUACACCAUUUUUAGGAUAAAAAUUGGUGGGAAAGAUGUAAAUUUAAGAAUAAUGUCAAAACACACACACAAACACUUUCCCUCAAAUUGUUGUAUAGAUAUUUUUAUUGUCUUCUCCAAAGCAGGAAAAGAUUUUGAGCACAGAAACACGAUCUUUUUUUUAAAGAUAAAAAACAAACAGUGAAAGUAAACAUAGCGAGAAAUUCCUUUUAUCUCAGAAUUCCUCUGAAAACAAACUAUUUUAAACAGUAAUAUAAUAAUUAGUAAUUUGUGAAAGAUACAAAAGGCAAUUCCAUGACUAUGAAGAAAUGAUGUCUUUUUGGUGGAAUUUUCAAGGGGAUGAAGAAAAAAAAUAUUUCAAGAAGUCUUUUCACUCACAAACACAAGAAGGAAGAAAUUGAGAUAAAAUAGUUAUUGGAUAUAAAGAAUAAUUGUUGUACGUGAUAAAGUAAUCAUUAUUGAAGGGAAGAAAUGAAAGGUGGAUAAAAUGUGGUAAGAAGCAGAGUAACAAUAAUUGUUAGUAAUAUAAAGAUAUUUCUUAAAAAUAAAAGGUGGUAUAAAAACAGUGAAAUAUUGAAUGUAGGUACAUUUAAAAAAGAUGAUGAAUAUUACUAAAGGAAAUUAUAUUAAUUGAAUGUAUAUUUUUUUAAAUAAUAAUAAUUAACAGAGAUGAAAAGAAGUAUUUUGUACAAUAAAAAGCGUUAUCGAUUAAUUGAUGGAGUCUUUUUUGAGAAAAGAUCUUUGCAAUGGUGCAGGAAUUUUGGGUGGGAAUACGAAUAGGAAUUUUUCAAAGAAGAAAAUAUAAGAGAAUUACAUAUUUUUGCUGACAGACUAGCUAGGAAUUAUCUGAAGGACAUGCCCGAGAAAAGACGAAAGUUGUGGAUAGUGGAUUUUUUCAUCAAAAGAGCGUGAAAUGCACACAAAACUCACAGUGAAGAAACACAAAAAAGUGAAAUUUACACAAAGAAUAAACUUUAGAAAGAAGAAAAAGCUAAGAAUUAAGAAAACCCUUUAAUUGUUGUAAUUGUUGGCAGAGAGAGGGAGACAGAGAAAGAGAGCAUUUAAUUUCACUCACAGUGAAUUUUUCGGAUGAACAAUGAUGGAGAGAUAUCAAAAAGCAGAAAAAGUGUCUAAUAAGUGAAUAUUUGUAAUCAUAGCCAAUGUUUUGAGUCUCCAGUUUUCACAAUAAUCUGCGAAAGACAUGAGGAGAGCGUCUGUUGAAUCAAAGAGAGUUUAAUGAAUCCUUGUUGUAUACUUUUAACCCCGUGAAGAAAAAUAGGAUAAAUGUUUAAUGAUGGUACAAAGGAGAUGACAAAAUAGACAUGAAACCACGUAAAAAUAUCUAUCAAUUGUUAAAUGGAGAAAAAAAAGUUGUUAAUUGUGCAAGAAAAAAAUUGCGUAAAAAUCUCUUUGUAUAUUCGAUGUCCAAGAAAAGAAAAAAAACUCUAUAGAGAAAAAAUAUCCUACAUGUAUUUUGCUUAAGAUGUUAUCAAAA